GGGCUUGGACUAAAUCUGUCACUAUAGUCACAACUUAACUGUGGCUAUGUGUUCAUGUUGAUCUACUGGGAUGUGUUUAAAGGAAAUAUACUGUAUGUCAAAGAGAGGAUACAAAGAGUAACUAUCUCCCACACAUACACACAUCACGAGUUAAUAAUAUUUCUCAGUUUUUAAGCAGUGCCACACAGACAUAUAUCCACAGCCAGUCACCCAGGGCUUUUAUGCAAAAGCACAAUGUCAUCCUUUGGGGGGCGAAAAGUGAAAUAUGUGUUCAAACACCAUGACAUCCCCAUCUCUGAAAUUAACUCCUGCUUGCAUGAAUAUUGUUCAAGCGUCACAUGAGCCAGCCACCGACUGCACGUGCAGGGCGCACGGAAUUGCCAGUGCGAGAGGAGGCGUUGGAUAGUGCGCAUGAUCGAGAGUAAACACGGAGCACUUGGAAACCUGACGUCAUCAUUUCUUUCCACAGCUUUUUCCACUUUGGACUAAACAACAGGAGGGUAAUUACUGGAGAAAUAAAAAGAAUACCAGCACUAACUGAAUCCCUGGUGAAUCCUUGGAUAGUUUAAGCAACAUAUAAUGGGGUUUAAAAAGUAGCUCAUGCCACUGAAGAGCCGGCUUUUUUUUGGGGCAUUUCAGCACUGGACAGCUCUCGUGUCUCGUGUUCACGAGCGCGCUUCUGGCAUGUGCGGCGGGAAAAUAACCAUCCGUCACAGCUGGUGGGGGGCACGAGCAGAGAGCAUGGCGGACUCUCCACAGCAUCCUCCCCGCAACUGCUGCUAACGCGGAGCCUCGAGAGAUGACCGUACCGGAGUUCCUACUGGAACUGUCCAUUGUGGUGAUAGCUGUUGUUUCGUUGCUGACAAACUUGUCAGUGCUGCUAUGUUUCACCCAGAGCUCCGACUUGAGAUCCCACGUGCCAGGCAUCUUCAUCCUAAACCUCUCCCUCUCCAACAUCCUCCUCACUAUCAUCAACAUGCCCGCCACGUUUCUCGGAGUGGCCGAAAACGCAAAGCCCUUCGGGGACUUGUUCUGUCAAGCUGUCAGUUUUGCUGAGACUUUUCUCACCACUAACGCAAUGCUGAGCAUGGCCGCGCUGAGCAUGGACAGGUGGAUAGCGGUGGUGUUUCCCCUGAGUUACUCCAGCAAGAUGCGCUACAGGGACGCUUUUCUGAUCGUGGCGUACUCCUGGCUGCACUCUCUCACCUUUUCCCUGACUCAGCUGCUGAUGGACUGGGGAGGUUACAGCCACACUUACGCCUCGUGUACCGUUCACCUGGACGGGGAGGAGAGGUCGCAGCUGGCCGCCUAUGCGACCUUCACGGCGCUGUUCCACUGCAGCAGCUUUGCGCUGUCCCUGCUCGUCCUGUGCUUCGCCUACCUCAAAGUUUUGAGAGUGGCCAGGUCCCACUGCAAGAGGAUAGAUGUCAUUACACUGCAGACUCUGCUUCUGCUGGUUGAUAUUCACCCCAGUGUGAAGGAGAGGUGUCUAGCUGAACAGAAGAAGAGGAGGCAGCGCGCCACUAAAAAAAUUUGCAUCUUCAUUGGCUCCUUCAUCUUCUGCUUUUCACCCUAUGUUAUAACCAGGUUGGUGGAGUUGUUGCCCUCGGUGCACAUCCCCCGGUACUGGGGCAUCGCCGCCAAAUGUCUGUCCUAUUCCAAGACCUCCAGCGACCCGUUUGUCUACUGUCUGCUGCGGCAGCAAUACAGGAAGGUCCUGGUUAGCAUCAUCAGCCGGGUUCUGAGAAAGGAUCAGUACUUGCUGUCUGUCCACAGCACGAGCAGCACGCUGGACACCACAGACGACAACUGUAUCGCCAGAAUUACCUGAGUUUGAUGUGCAAAUAUUUAAAUGAUUCAACACCUGCAUCCCUCCUGCAAGAAGGUCAGAGGUCAGGGUCUCUGAAGAGCAGCAGCCCUGCAGAUGGAAGGGAGUCAAGUCUUGCUCAGGGACACUUUAACACAUGGGUGGACCACAGGACUCUUAAAGCCACAGUGUCCUCCACUGGGAGAACUGUGAAGGACAUGAAACAAUGUAUGCUCAAUGAGACUGCACUGGCCUUCGAUGUGUGCCAAAGGCCUUUUCAGACUCUACAGACUGCUGUUUCCGCAGGGCUCGUCGGUUUGCCUGCUGAGGCAGUGCCAUGGAUACACCACACGAAGCCCACAGCACUCUGUUUAUUACUGCCAUCAAUGUAAAUGUAAAGUUGAAGUAAUGUUCCAGUGGGGGAAAAAAAUGGAACAAUGUUCAUUCUGUUGACGGUUUUGAAGCUAAUAUUAAAGUUUGUGUUAAUGCAUGCCAUUUUUAACAAGGAGAGUGUAAAAAAAUAGGUGUGAGGAUGUAUGAAGAUGUUAUAUUACAGCAGAAACACUCAAGAAUAAACUCCACUGCCACAGACACACUAUAUGAGGACAUACA